UGGCAAAGAGGAAGAGCAGGUGAGGCAAAGCAGAUGUCAGUGAUGUCAAUGGAGGUUAGAAGAGAGGUGCUUGGCGAUGAGAGUGAAGACAUGCUGAGCAGCAUGGGAAUGGUCAGGCUGGCAAGGAGCCUUAGGGGCAAGUACGAGGAGGCAGAAGCGAUGCUCAUGCAGACGCUGGCGCAUAGAGAGAAGGUGCUGGGGCGUGAGCACCCCGACACGCUGACGAGCAUGUAA